AUGGAGUCAACGGAGAACCCCAACGGCGGCUGUUCCGCCGAAGACGUGGGCUACGCCAAGCUCGCGCAUCAAAUGGUGAAAACACCCGAAGCUGGCAUUUUCAGAAAAUUCAAGCUCCUACACGUCCUCAAUGCCCUUCGCCUACAAGCAGAAUUAGUGUCCCUGGAACACGAGCUUCAGGAUGUCCUGCAGGAGGACCUGGAAUCCGACGAUCCAAUUCGCCGGGAAUACGGCACAUGUUUUAGCAGAAUGAGGGAAUACGUCGACGACGGCGACUCGACCCAGUACGAGCUGCUCGAGGAUAUUCGGGUCAAGCUCGUUCAAUAUAACGAAGCCUUGAGCCAGCUCAUGACGCUCGGCAAAGCCACGGCACCCCUUGAUCAUGACUUGGAUUUUCUUCAAAAGUGGCUGGACCGGCCGGAGAUGGGCGCCGGCUUCCUCAAGGGCAUCGAGUCGAAGACGUGGAAGGACGCGAAUAGGGGCGACUUUCUCACGAUCCAGCCGCCGUCUGCUGAAAUCGACGGGUUCCAGCGGUUUCUUAACGGAACCCUGACGGCCACUUACCAUGCGAUAAUCGGGAGGCAUGGCAAGGAUGGAAAACGAGACAAGUACCGGAAAUACCAAGAAGAGAAAAUUGCCCGCAUUGGUCGUGGCAUCGUCGCCGCGCUCUCUGCCAUCCUGCCCACGGUUGUGAUUCUCGCGUUGUAUUUCGUCAAGGACAUGAUCCACAGGAUUGGGUUGGUCAUUGUCUUCACGACGCUCUUUGCUGUCACGUUGGCGUUAUUCACGGGUGCGAAAAAGGUGGAGAUCUUUUCAGCCACGGCGGCCUUUGCGGCCGUGGAGGUGGUGUAUAUCGGGAGUACAAGUACAGCGUGA